CACACACACACACACACACACACACACACACACAAACACACUCAUUGAGAGCUGACUUGUUGAACAUUAUUACUGAUUUCUUUCACACAAGCUUCUGCCCUCAAAUCUGUUGUACAUUCAGUUCAGAAAGAGAUGCAAAGUCAAGACCUAGCAUGGUUUACUUGUUCUUUGUAUAUAUUGUAAUAUAAGGCCAGAAGAUGAGAAUGAGGUCAGUAGGUCAGUAGAACUUUGUAGGUCAGUGUUGUUUGUCACUGGAUAGCACAACACUAGAACCUUUCUUCUGGAAAGCUACCUUCCCACCAAGUUUAAUCAGAACCCCAGUUUGGUCUGUCUGACACUGUUAAAUAAACUCAUUAGAAGACAUUUAUCAUUUGGUUCAUGUCAUAAUAGUUAUGGGUAGUUAGAUCUCCAGGAGGAGGCUUGUUGACUACUAGGGUUCUCAAGGUUUCAGCUUAGUCUGACCAUCAUUGCCAACUGACAGUUGUCUUCCCAGUUUCUUAAUUAGUAAAUGUUUGAGAUUUUCUAAUUGCCUUAAGGUUGUGUUAUUUUCUUUAAAACAACUUUUAUCUUAUGAUGUUGCAUUAAUAACUUCGAUUAGACCAGGGGUCACCAACCCUGUUCCUGGAGAUCUACCUUCUUGAAGACUGAAGCACUAAACAUAUUUGUGUCCACCUGACCACCUUAAGGACUUCUUGAUCAACUAAAACAGGUGUCUUAGAUUUUGGGUGGAGAUUAAACCUGCAGAAACGUAGAUCUCAAACAAGAGGGUUGGUGACCACUCAUUUCUACCAGCUUGACCAGCUCAUUCUGUGCGUUGCUUGUAGAAGGUCAGACCAACCUGGGUUUUUCAGUAGUGUAGCUUUAUAAUGGAGAAACCCUUUAUCAUAGGGUUCUUUAUGUAACAUUUAAGCAUUCCUCUAGAGCAUGAAACCAAAGAAUCCCCCAGUGUGCUAUAUUUCACCAUCUUUCUCUAAGAAUACCUUGCUGAAAAAUCCGUCUGGUUCUGACUGGCUUCCAGUUGCCAAAACAGACCCUGAGCUUGUCAAACUGGUAGACCAUCUCUGCCAUGUUAACUUCCUUUGGCUGUGUGACCAGCUCAUCGUGUGCUCUAGUGAUUAUUCAUCAGGGAUAUACAGUACACUAGAACACCUAAUGACAUUUCACGGACGUCUAGAAUGAUAUCACAAAUUGAGCAAUGGAUUGCAUAAGACUUUUUGAGUGAUUGCUCAACGUCAUACACAGCGUGUUUGUACAAAUUAUGACUUCUGUUUUGUUGUGAAAUGUGUCAGCAUCAGCCUCUGAAGGAAUGUGAAAUAAGAUGAGAAAGUUCCCAGAACUAGUCAGAGUGGGAAUAAUAAUAAUAAUAAUAAUAAUAAUAAUAAUAAUAAAACAAUCCAAUAAAAAUAAACCCACUAGAAUACCUUUCAAGAGGAGAAACAAAAUAGUAGUGAUAUUCUCAUAGAGUGAUAUCAGAGAAAGAAUGAAUAGUGUGAAGUAAGUGAAUAGUGAAUCAGACUCGACGCCGCCCAUUCACACAGUGACGCCCAGAGAGAGGCAGAAAGAGAGAAAGAGAGGAAAGGAGAGGGAGAGAAAGGAUAGAGUGAGUGAGUGGGUGAGUGAGUGAGGAAGGGAGAGAGAGAAAGAGAAGUUCGCGCUCGAGAUAUAGGAUACUGUUGGGAUUUGAAAAAAAAAAAAAAACACACACACAGACUAAAAAAAAAAAAAAAAAAAACAACCCAGAGCAAUAUUUUUUUUUUUUUUUUUUUUUUAACCUCAGUAAGUAGAAACAUAACGGGACUUACACGCGAGCUGUAAGCGCACGCGCUGAAUGCGAGACCAUGACGGCUGCCGUGGAUAUGACGCCAACGUUAACUAUAAUAAAAUCCGAAAGAGCAGACGAUCUGGAAUGUGGGGAUGUUCCUCUGUUGACUCCAGGGAGCAAAGAGAUGAUGUCGCAGGCUCUGAAAGCAACCUUCAGCGGGUUCACCAAGGAGCAGCAGAGACUCGGCAUCCCUAAAGACCCCCGGCAGUGGACAGAAGGCCAUGUGAGAGAAUGGUUGUUGUGGACAGUGAACGAGUUCAGCCUGAAGAACGUGGACUUCUUCAAGUUCUCCAUGAAUGGAGCCAGUCUUUGCGCACUGGGCAAGGAUCGCUUUCUGGACCUGGCACCCGACUUCGUAGGGGACAUCCUGUGGGAGCACUUAGAGAUGCUGCAGAAAGAGGAUCCAAAGCAUUUCCCUGUCAACGGCAUAAGCUCAGGUUUCCAGGAAUCUCGCUAUACCUCAGACUACUUUGUCAGUUACGGCAUUGAACACGCUCAGUGCGUUCCGCCUUCGGAGUACUCGGAGCCAGGCUUCAUCACGGAGUCCUACCAGACCCUUCAUCCGAUCAGCUCGGAAGACCUGCUGUCGCUUAAAUACGAGAACGAAUACACCAACGUCAUUCUGCGCGACACGCCACUCAACCCACUUCAGGGCGACUACUUCCCCGUCAAACAGGAAGUGUCACCUGACAACAUGUGCGUGGGUCGGAUCAGCAGAGGUAAACUGGGAGGCCAGGACUCAUUCGAGAGCACUGAGAGCUUCGAGAGCUGUGACCGUCUGACGCAGUCAUGGAGCAGUCAGUCGUCGUUCAACAGUCUGCAGCGUGUCCCCUCCUACGACAGCUUUGACUCAGAGGACUAUCCCACAGCCCUGCAUGGCCAUAAGCCCAAAGGCACGUUUAAAGACUACGUCCGCGAGCGCUCUGAUCUCAGCAAGGACAAGCCGGUCAUCCCAGCCGCUGCCCUCGCUGGCUACACGGGUAGUGGACCUAUUCAGCUGUGGCAGUUUUUGCUGGAGCUCCUUACAGACAAGUCCUGCCAGUCGUUCAUCAGCUGGACAGGAGACGGCUGGGAGUUCAAACUCUCCGACCCCGACGAGGUGGCACGGAGAUGGGGCAAGAGGAAGAACAAGCCCAAGAUGAAUUACGAAAAGCUGAGCCGUGGUCUGCGCUACUACUACGACAAGAAUAUCAUCCACAAGACAUCAGGCAAGCGCUAUGUCUACCGUUUCGUGUGUGACUUAAAGAGCCUUCUGGGAUACACACCUGAGGAGCUGCACGCCAUGCUGGAUGUCAAACCCGACACGGACGAAUGAAAGACCAGUCCGGGAGUACCGGGGCCGCGAGACUUUCCUCCCUUAUCCUCACAACAGUGGGUGUUUAUUUUGGAUCCAACCAAGUCCCGUCUUCAUACCUAGUCAUGGUUCCGGUCUUGUUUUGAGCUCAUGACUGCAGCUAUCGCAAAAGGACCCAUUCCAAACCUUACCAAAGUUCAUAGUCUGUAGCGUGUAUCAUAAUUCAGCUCUGAACAGAAAACAGUGAGUUUUCCAGCAGAGCCGCCAUUUUGACCCAGCAGCACCUAAAAACAGACUGCAGUAGAGGGGUGGGACUAGGAAAGAACGAAGGACUCGUUCCUAAAGUGGAUAUUGUGUGGAUGGAAAGUUCCAUAAAUAUGUUGCCAAAGUUACAGAAAAAUGGAACUUUUACAGAAAUAUUUACUAUUAAGUUACUGUUGCCGUCUCAGAGUCCUCAAACGGACCACACGAAAAGAAAGUAUUUUAUUUUUAUUAUCAUUUUUGUUUUCUCUAAUAUGUUUGUGCCAGUAUUACUUUUUUCAUAUGUAAAUGAAGGAUUGAUAAUGCCAAAAAUGUUUUUUUUUUUUUUUAAUUAUUUUUUUUAUUUCCCCAUGUGUAUAGAGUCAAAGACAUACAAGUCGCAUAACUGAAAACUCAGCAGGCGAGACCAGAGACUGCUAUUUUACUCGCAGUUCAGUUAAAAGAAAAGCCUCUCACUGAAACCGAGAACGGGUGACAGACACGACCGAAAGUAGCCGUUUUUCUGCUCGAGGGCGGCAAGCUGUGAACACACCCGCCCUCGACUUAUGAGCAGGAGUCUUAUGCUUCUAAGCGAGCACAUCUUAGGCAGCUGUUAAGCACGGCCCGUCUCAGAUCUCUUUUUUUUUCUAAUCUCUAACGUUACGACAAAGGACUUCAAGCAUCUCUUGCCUUAGUUUCAUGUCUAUGUUACCACUCCUGUCACUCGCCCUCACAUCUUGUUUUGUCUACGCCGUCUUUUGAGAGCACAUGUGAUGUAAACACGUCUGUAAUCUUGCUGUCUAUCAUGAGACAGAGUGAAGGGUAUGUAAGUGGAACACAAUAGAAAUGUCAUUUAACUGAUCUAGUCCUCUUUUGUGAGAUGAUUGAUAGCAGGAAACAGGCUUCCCGAUGAGCCGAGACCAAAUUUACUGUAUGUCCUUGUGUCCUUGUGUUUUAGUUAGCGUAUCUGAGGACAAAUAGCUGAAUGUAAUAGAGAUCUUAGCCAUACGUCUGACAGAGUUGUUGAUCACUGAAGUGAAGGUUGUGUGAGUGAUUUGAGCAUGGGAUAGUAAGGGAUAAUGUUUGGAUAGGCAGAAGAAAGUAGGGGUGUAACAGUUUCAGACUGUUUUAAAGAUAGACAUGGACGCGUUACGUUCAAGAAAAUGGCCGAUGAUGCUACCGCAGUCGUUGUAGCGCCAGCUUCGGAUCUAAAUAACGUUAGCACAAACAUGGCCUGGCCUACAACACAACUGAAAUACAGCCAAAAAUAUUAUGCACAGAUAUUGAAUUGAUUUCAGUUACUAGUAUAAGUAAGGAAAAAAACACAAACGGAGCAUGCUGUUAUAAAAGAAAUAAUAAACGUUAAGGUGGUGUGAUAAGGUAGCUGACUCAUAGCAUUAUUUUUCCAAUAACCUCAUGUCCUGAAGUGUUUUAUUCCUCUUCCAAUACAGUGAUUUGCCAACAAUUGCAGACUUUUUAUUAAUUAAAGAAUGACACUUAUUUUUGUUUAACCCCUUUAAUGUUGAAACAAAUUUGUUCUGUUUUCAUUCAGCAGCUAGAAUCAUUCCCUCACCAGCCUCGCUCUCCCUUGCGCUCAUUUUUCCAGAAAACUAAAGAAGUUUGUUCUUUUAAAGAAAAAAAAAAAAACCCCACAAAGUACAAAGAUCUCUUUAAGAUGUUUCUUUAAGGCUUUAAGACCUCCUCUGGAGGAAAACCUGCCUAUUACAAAGCGCUAACACUGGAGACUCUUUCCAUAAAUGUUAAAUAAACUUCUCCUUAUGGAAAACAUCACCAUGUAAUGUUUGAAUCAUCAUCUGUAUAUAUGGAGAGUCUUACAAUGCAAGUGUCCGUGUGUAGAAUCAGAAUUCAACAGCGUUGGAGUAUAAUACAUUAUUUAAGCCUGUUGCUAGCAGGGUGACUCCGGUUCCUGUUGCCUUUUCAGUCGUGGUUUGUGUUCCAAAGGACACGCAGGCCUUGUGGGAAAAAAAAAAAUUCAAACAAAAAAUUGCCGAAGUUACUGUAAGACGUCUCAUUUACACGAUGUUAUUGUUUACAGUGGUAUGCUUGCCGCCUCGAUGGGUUUCAUUUCAGAAUCGUCUAUUUGUACAGAUUGUGUUUCAAAACGCUUUAUUACAAGACCUAGAAUGAACAAAUAAGCCACUGUUGAAGGAGAAAUAACACUGAAAUGCAUGUGAGGUCUCGGAGCUGAAGGAUUCGAUGCGCAUCCACACCGCUGAAGGACCAAACCCACAUUCCAGUCAUCUUUUUUUUUUAUGUGUUUCCAAUGAAUUGACGUGAUGAUGCUUUUACUGUGGAUUGAAUCGGGUAAUAAAAUAAAAUAAAAUAAGCAGAUUUAAUUACAUUCAAUUAAAAGACGAAUAGUGGGUUGAUGAGAUGUUGUAGGAAGUGAUCCUGGAUCUGUAAUGGAAACGGGAUGGAGAUAUGGUUCAUAUGCGUGGUUUUCGAUUUUAAGAGGUGUUACAUGACAAUGUUGUAUUCUUCCUUGUUUCCUUAACUCAUGCUUCAUAACGUCCGGAAAUGUCGCAUGGUAUUAUGUUACUGUCUUUUUCUGCUUGAUGAAUGAAGAGUAGAUAUCGUCUUAAAUGUCAAGUAUAUUCUUUCUAAGAACAAAAAAAAUGUUGAACAUAUGUAUCAAAAGCAACUAUUUUGAUUGACAUGUGCAUAAAGUUUGUGAUGAGGUCAAAUCACAAAACCAUUAAUGAGGAAAAUUUAGUUUAAAAAAAAAAAUUCAGUUGUUCUUUUGUUUUGUACAAUUUAUAGUGUUUCUGUAUUUUUUUUUUUUUGUUAAAUGAAAUUUUUUAAUGUAUUUAGUUCAUAAACAUUUGAAUAUUUUUCAAUAAUUUAUAUUUUAUAAAACUUUGAAAUAUGAGACGCAGACAGCUGGUGCUUUCAUGGAGAAAAAAAAAUUGAGGUAGAGCAGGACCAAAUGUAGCGAUUUUUUUUUUCUUUUUUCUUUUCUUUUUUUUUUUAUACAGAAAAAGAAGUUGAUAUGAAAUUUAAAGACUUGUCUGCAUAUACAGUUAUAUAGAGAAAAGGCUGAUGCUGGCCCAUCAUUAAGUUCUGCCGAAGAGUUUUAUAAAUGGUAGCUUCUAUUUCUUAUUGUACUUCAAAUUGUUAUGUUAUAAAAUGUACAUGAAAAAAAAAAAUUCACAUAAGUGUGUUGGUGUGUUUUACUUUGUGCAUAAAGUUACAAUAUUCACACCCCUUGCACACAAACACACACACACAGGUAGGAUUUGCUUACGCAUGCAGUAGCUUUGCAGAUUAUGUGGAAGAUUUGUGGUUGAGUUUAUUAUAAACCGUACUUGAAAUGUGUCAGCUGUCACCCAGAGCUUAACAGCUAUAUCAGACUGUGUAUAUAUAUUAUGAACUGAAGUGUUUCUGAUCAUGGAAUAUGUUCUAUCACACUACUUGAGCAAGUAUCACAUUAUCAUAGAGCAGAGUCUAAAGGUCUGAGCUCUAGCUAUCACUAUCAUUUAGCAUGCACAAGAAAUUCAGAGCUCAUUGCAGUUUCAUCAGAUUAUAACGAUAUCACAUUGAAGGUAUUCUUCAUUAAUAUAAAUCAACAUACGGUUAAUGUACAAACACUAAUGUAACUUUCAUAACUUUCAAUAUGAGUUGGGCUGAUUUGCACUGAGUUGCAGUGGGCUGAUGUGAGUUUUUGAUAUAUGAUGACAGCAUUUCUUGCUAGUGACAAAUAAUCAAGUAUGGGUUGAUGUUAUUUUUAGCGUUAGUGUUAGUUUUAGUUAAAAUAACGAUUUAAAAAAUGGUCAUGUUAUCAAAAUGCUAUAAAGUCUUCAGUCUUAAAGAUUUUCCCAUUGUUGAAAACUUAUUACAAAGUAUGUGCAGUAUAGUAUAUCUAUCCAUCCAUCCAUCCAUCCAUCCAUCCAUCCAUUUUCGGUACCGACGACACCCUGGAACCAACCCAUUACAAGACACAAUCACACACACACUCACACAAACAUUCACACACUAUGGACAAUUUAGAGAUGACAAUCAGCCUACAAUGUAUGUCUAUGCACUGGGGGAGGAAACUGGAGUACCCGGAGGAAUCCCCCGAAGCACAGGGAGAACAUGCAAACUCUGUACACACAGGCAGCAAUCGAUCCCCCAACCCCACAAACGUGCUAAUCACUUAGCCAACAUGUCCCUCCAGUAUAGUAUAUCGACAAUGAUAUACUUUUGAUUUCUUAAAUAGCAAUGCAUUUUAAAAAUCCAUUUCUUUUGAUCCAUUUAAGACCCCAGGA